AACCCUCAAUUUGACUAACAAAAAUUAAAUAAAGUCUCUGCAUUAUUAUAAUACUACACCAAUUUCAUCAGUGUUUCAGCUGUAGAGAAUAAUUCUAUAUCCGUUGAAAAAAGUUAUGGUUGUUUGUAUUUGUAGCCCACUCUACUGCUCCAAUUUUGUUUUCCACAAAAAUGGCGUUUGCUGCUAAUUACACACCAAUAAUUCUUGUGCUAUUUUUCCUCACAAAGUUGGUGGCGCAGAGUUCUCAACCAUUUCCUUGCUUCUUCAUUUUCGGUGACUCCUUAGUUGAUAGUGGCAAUAACAACGACCUCGAUACAAUAGCUAGGGUCGAUUACUCGCCUUACGGUGUCGAUUUUCCUUAUGGCGCUACCGGAAGAUUCACCAAUGGCCUAACUACGGCCGAUUUUCUUGCUCAAAUGCUUGGUUUCGACGACUUCAUUCCGCCCUUCGCGGAGGUGCGAGGCGGCAAAGACGUAAUCAACGGUGUCAAUUAUGCCUCCGGAUCAGCAGGAAUUCGUAAUGAAACCGGAGAGCAUAUGGGCGUUAGGAUCAGUUUGGAUGAACAAUUGCGAAAUCACGAGACGACGUUGUCGCUCCUUGCGGCUUCGUACGGGAAUGUGUCUUCAGCCGAACAGCACCUCAACAAAUGCUUCUACUAUUUGGUAGUUGGUAGCAACGACUACAUCAACAAUUACUACGAGCCUCAUUUUUAUUCCACCAGCAGAUUAUACUCACCACAGCAAUAUGCAACGCUCUUAGUCGACCAAUUCUCUCAGCAGCUUAAGAAAUUAUACAAGUUAGGGGCAAGAAAAAUAGGUGUUGCGAGUCUUGGUCCAUUAGGUUGCAUCCCGGCGAUGGUGGUGAGAGGUACUAAUGGUUCCCCGUGCGUGGACCCCGUCAACCACGCGGCCGAGUUGUUCAACCGAGCGCUCAGAAGCCUCGUCGAACAACUCAAUACGGAUCUCGAACGCGCUAACUUGAUCUACAUAAGCGCCAUGGAGUUGACUCCAACACAGCUCUUUGCUCCUGGGUUGAGGCUUCUCAACUCGGCAUGCUGCAGAGUGGAUAGAGUAACGGGACUGUGCAUUCGGGGAGGAGCAGCAUGUGCUAUUAGGGACGUGUAUUUCUUCUAUGACAAUUUCCAUCCAACUCAGAUAGUAAACAAGGUUGUUGCAACUGCUUCAUACAUUGAUAUUCUCAAUUUAAUCUCUAAUUAGUUAUUACA